UCACCAAUCAGAACAAACUUGUCGGAAAAGAGUAUUAUCCAAUUCUAUGCCAAACAAAAUAGCCUUGUGGAAACGUGGGCAGUAAGUCAAAAGCACACUCGAUAUAUCUGCGUAAAAAGUGGUAAAAAAAAUUCGGGAAUCUUGAAACGUUAACCGCUCCUUUACUCUCCGCCCACUGUUCUUUAAAUCAGCCUGCGAAUUAGAGUCCCACAAUGCGAAGAUUCGUAGCUGAUAAAGCCAAACAUCUCAUUAAUAAGACCAGGACCACCUGUUCUUCUCCUAGUACCACUACAAAAGUGUUACAGCGAGGCACAGCUUCCACAUCACCCUCUUCUUCUCAAUCUGUUGUUCGUUUUUUGUCGACUGAUUCAAUGGGUUCAGAUUAUUCAUCUACUCCGCUUACUCUUAAUAACGUUAAUCCAAAGGUUUUGAAAUGUGAGUAUGCUGUCCGUGGAGAAAUAGUCAACCUUGCUCAGAAAUUACAGCAAGACCUCAAGGAGAAUCCAGACUCUCAUCCCUUUGAUGAGAUCUUAUACUGCAAUAUUGGAAAUCCUCAGUCCCUGGGUCAGCAGCCUGUUACUUUCUUUAGGGAGGUCCUUGCAUUGUGUGACCAUCCACUUAUUUUGGACAAAAGUGAAACACAAGGUUUGUUCAGUGCGGAUUCAAUAGAACGAGCUUUCCAGAUCCUCGAUCAAAUUCCUGGUAGAGCAACAGGUGCAUACAGCCACAGUCAGGGCAUCAAAGGAUUACGCGAUACAAUUGCAUCUGGUAUUGAAGCUCGUGAUGGAUUCCCUGCUGAUCCAAAUGAUAUUUUCUUGACUGAUGGUGCAAGUCCAGCGGUUCACAUGAUGAUGCAGUUGCUCAUUGGGUCAGCGAAUGACGGAAUUUUCUGUCCCCUCCCCCAAUAUCCUCUUUAUUCCGCUUCAAUUACCCUCCAUGGUGGCACUCUCGUUCCUUAUUAUCUUGAUGAGGAAACAGGAUGGGGACUUGAGGUCUCAGAGCUUGAGAAUCAGCUGAAAACUGCAAAAUCCAAGGGUAUUAACGUUAGGGCUUUGGUUGUGAUCAAUCCAGGCAACCCAACUGGGCAGGUUCUUGCAGAGGCCAACCAACGAGAAAUUGUGGAAUUCUGCAAGAAAGAAGGCCUCGUUCUUCUAGCGGACGAAGUGUAUCAGGAAAAUGUUUAUGUGCCUGAGAAGCAGUUCCACUCAUUUAAGAAAAUUGCGCGCUCAAUGGGAUUUGGAGAAAAGGACAUCUCUUUAGUUUCUUUUCAGUCUGUGUCGAAAGGAUUUUAUGGUGAGUGUGGGAAGCGAGGAGGUUACAUGGAGGUUACUGGAUUUAGCCCUGAGAUAAGGGAACAGAUAUACAAAGUGGCAUCUGUCAAUCUGUGUUCCAACAUUUCUGGUCAAAUUCUUGCAAGCCUCGUCAUGAGCCCCCCAAAGGUGGGUGAUGAAUCAUACGUGUCUUUUGCUGCUGAGAAAGAAGGGAUACUCUCAUCCUUGGCAAGGCGUGCAAAGACACUAGAAGAUGCAUUCAACAGUUUGGAGGGAAUAACAUGCAAUAAAGCAGAGGGCGCAAUGUAUCUGUUUCCACGUAUUAACUUACCUGACAAAGCAAUAAAAGCAGCAGAAGAAGCUAAAACUGCACCAGAUGCCUUUUAUGCUAAGUGUCUCCUUAAUGCCACUGGAAUUGUUGUUGUCCCAGGCUCUGGAUUUGGCCAGCGUCCUGGAACGUGGCAUUUUAGGUGCACAAUAUUACCGCAAGAAGAGAAGAUACCAGCUAUUGUAUCUCGUCUUACAGAAUUCCAUAAGCAGUUCAUGGAUGAAUUCCGCGGCUAAGGAAUCUGGGAGUACAUUCUAUUGGAGCCUGAUUAUAGAGAAUUUUGAAUAAGCCAUCUUUGUAUGUUUUGUUUCUAUCCUCACCAAAAACAAUGCAGUAGGGAAAGCUGAUAGGAUCGUUUGGCACUACAAGUUGGGGUUUGUUUAUUCUAGUCUUAUUUGUAUUUGACUCGACAUUGAUCUUCUCUCCUCCUAGAUGAUCAAUGUGAAGAUUGUUUUAUAUGCCAAACAGGUUAAGUUAAGCUUUAGCCGAAGUUGACAUGGUUAAUCAAAUUUAAACGUGUUGGUCUUUUUGCAA